AUGGCUGAGAUUCAAUCAUCAAACACAGUCUCCGUUGGUACCCUGCCUGCCACGGAUUCCGCCGAAAAACGGCAAUCCCAGCAGCGAGGGCCUCCAUUGCAUCAGAUCUACGCCCUCCCGGCACCGAUCCGCACAUUCCCUUUACCGGCCUUUUAUCCGAACAACCCCAUAUCCUUCUUCCAUGUCGCGUAUGCGUGGUUAGGCCAACUGUGGUCUCCGCCCAAAGCGGAACCCUCGGUUGUACAUAAUGGUGUAUGGUCCGCUGCUACAUCAUCCGUCCACAUCACGGAUGAUGUUUCUACCCGAGCUUUGUGGGAGCAAGGCUUCUACGGAAAGGGUAGUCUUAGUCGUAGUGAACCAGCUUGGUUAAAGCGUGAACAGGUUCGUCAAGGACUGGCUGAUGCACACGUCAGCGAGAUUAUGACUGUGCAGAGAAGAGAAGAGCGUAUGCGUGCCAAGUGGGAACGAGCACGUCUCGAGCAAGAGGCGGUCCGAGAGACCCGCCGCAAGGAAGCGGAAGAAGCAAAAGCGAGAGAGACCAAGGCACGAGAAGCCAAAGCCUUUGAAGCCAAGGAACGAGAGCUACGUGCCAGAGAGUCGAAAGACAUCGCAGAGCCCAGAUCCAUCAAACCUAUCUCGCUGUCGGCUGCCCUUCCAACUUACGAGUCACCUGUCAGCCCUGCUGCGCUUUUGGCUCUGCCAAAUUCACUAGUGGACAUUGUGAAGCCAACGCCUAUCAAGCCUGUGAAUCUACCCGUGUCCACUCCCACGCGUGCUUCGCCAGUGUGCCCUGCAACUAUCCUAGGCAUGCCGAACUCUGCCGCUGAAAUUGCCGAAGAGUCUGCCAUCGAGGCAGCUGAAGAGAUUGACGGUCUUGGAAUAACCGGAGUCCAUCCAACGGCGAUGGGUCUGUCUGUGGAUACUUUCCUCAAUGGUCAUGUCAUGGAACCAGUUGCGAACGGAAUUCUUCACCAUGAGGUGAAUGGCACUUCUGUAGUUGCGUCUUCGUCAGACGAGGAAGACAACACUAAGCCUAAGAAGCGACGCAAGAGUGUACGAUUCUCGCCAACAGUGGAAUCCACUACCUUUCACUUCGGAGAUCCCCCUAGCCCCAAGCGUUCGACGUCGAAUGGCACGGCUAAUGGGCUUGCCGAUAUUCGCGCCGCAUCACCCGUGGCUAUAAACGGACACAAUGAGAACUCUUUGGAGCGUACUAGCAGGACAGUGCUGAAGAAUAUGGAGCAUCUCCAGCUAACGCCGGAGGAGGCUUUCUUUCUGAACUUUGGUUUGGGUGUUCUGACGGUCACUGAUCCUGCCUCGGGUGCUCAGCUCUCGUCUUUGGACCUGUUGAGACGCUUCAGACAACAUUCAUACUUCCCACCUCGUGUUGAACCUGCGGAUCCCGCGCUUCAACCCGACGAUAACUUCCUCAUCCACUAUGCAGUGUAUCAUUACUUCAGAUCUCUUGGUUGGGUACCUCGCGCAGGCAUCAAGUUUGGCGUGGACUGGCUACUAUAUGCUAAGGGCCCGGUCUUUGACCACGCCGAAUUCGGUCUAAUUGUUGUACCAUCUUAUUCUGAUGCCCUUUGGAAAGAGGCUGGAAACCAGGACCCUCAGAAGACAUGGCAGUGGCUCCAUGGCACGGUGCGUGUUCUGUCACACGUCACCAAGAGUCUCGUUCUGGUUUACGUUGACGUACCGCCACCUUCGAAAUUUGAGAAGGCUUUGGAGCAGGGUGUCGCUGAAGCGUUAAAGCUAUACAAAGUCAGAGAAGUGAUGGUGAAGCGAUGGUCUGCCAACCGUAACAGAGGUUAA